AUGCCAGAAAAUCCAACAAAUAAUUUAAGUGAUAGUUUAAAUGAAUUAAAUGGGACCAAAACUGGACAUAUUUUGGUGACGGGAGGCGCCGGUUAUAUUGGAUCAUCACUGGUUCCCUUAUUACUUAAUGAAGGCUAUAAAGUGACAAUCUUUGAUCGGUUCCAAUUCGGAGUGACACCGCUAUUGGCAUACAUUUCAAACCCUAAUCUCGUUCUUAUAAAAAGCGAUAUCAGACUAAAAAACGAAAUUAAAUCGGCUCUCAAAGAUGUCGAUGCGGUCAUUCAUUUGGCAGCUAUUGUCGGAUACCCGGCUUGCGAUAAGUAUCCGGAACUGGCCGUCAAAGUCAAUGAAAUGGGAACCCAGAAUGUAGUGGAAGCACUGGAAUCGCAUCAGAAGAUAAUAUUUGCGUCAACCGGUUCUUGUUAUGGAGCCGUUGAUAGCAUUUGUACUGAAGAAACCAAUAUCUCUCCGCUAACACUCUACGGAAAGACUAAAGCAAAGGCUGAAACACUUGUUCUUAAAACAAAUGGAGUCGUCCUUAGAUUGGCCACACUUUUUGGUGUUUCUUCGCGAAUGCGAUUGGAUUUAUUGGUUAAUGAUUUAACCCAAAGAGCUCUAAAUCAUAAACAGAUUGUUUUAUAUGAGUCUCAAUUUAAGCGCACAUUUCUUCACGUCAGAGACGCCGCCAAAGCUUUUAUAUUUGGUCUUAAAAAUUAUGACAAAAUGUGUGGAAAUGUGUUUAAUGUCGGCGACGACUCUAUGAAUAUGACCAAAGCUGAAGCAGCUCUUCAUAUAUCAGAUUUUGUUCCCCAAUGUGUGAUACAAUUGUCGGAAAUCGGUGAAGACAAAGACAAACGCGAUUAUAUGGUUUCAUAUGAGAAAAUCGCUAAACUUGGCUUCAAAUCUCAAUUAUCAUUAAGGGAUGGCAUUGAAGAGUUGGUCAAAAUAUUACCACAAAUGUCUGUCAAUGAAAUUCAACUCUCAAAAAAUAUUUGA